CCAGCCCCUCCUGAGCCCGGCCCCGGCACCUGUGCCCUGUACCUGUGCCCGGCCCCGGGGCAGGAGCGGGCCGGCCGCCGCAGGUGCAGUUUGGCCAAGACCGACUUCCUCUUUGGCCAUCCAUAAACCGUGAAUCAGAAGGAUGCAGAAGACUCUCCCCUGCCUUUUUGUCCAUGAGUGAUAAGAGCACAAGAUCAUUAAUACAAGUUUGCUGCAAAGAUGAGUUCAGAGGAGAAGAGUAUAUCUCCAGCUCACAAAAUAUCCACUCCAUCACAUAGAAGUGCCUCCUCUUCGUCAUCGUCUCAGAGAGACAGGAGGCAGAGUGUUCAUAUUUUGGAGAGAAAGGCUUCUUCAGGAAGCACAGACCCUUCUUUGAGCAAGCAGUUCCUUGAAAGUGAUCAUCUCUCUCUAUCCAAGGAACCUGACAGCUGGGAAAUCAUAGAGGGUCUGAAAAUAGGCCAGACCAAUGUCCAGAAGCCAGACAAACAUGAAGGUUUCAUGCUGAAGAAGAGAAAAUGGCCAUUAAAAGGUUGGCACAAGAGGUUUUUUGUCCUGGAUAAUGGAAUGUUGAAAUAUUCAAAGUCACCAAUUGAUAUACAGAAAGGAAAGGUCCAUGGAAGCAUUGAUGUUGGUUUAUCAGUCAUGUCUAUUAAAAAAAAGGCUCGUAGAAUAGAUCUUGACACUGAAGAACACAUCUAUCACCUAAAGGUGAAAUCACAGGAUUCAUUUGAUGCAUGGGUUUCAAAGUUACGGCACCACCGCUUGUACCGUCAGAACGAGAUUGUGAGAUCUCCCAGGGAUGCCAGCUUCCACAUAUUCCCCUCAGCCUCUACCACAGAGUCUUCACCAGCUGCCAACGUGUCCGAUGGAAAGGUGCAGCAAAAUAACUUCCCUUGGCAGCCUCCUAUACCUUGCAGUAACAGCCUUCCUGUCACCUGCACUACUGGUCAGAGUAAAGUAGCAGCCUGGUUGCAGGACUCUGAAGAGAUGGACAGAUGUGCAGAAGAUCUUGCUCAUUGCCAGUCUAACCUUGUGGAACUCAGUAAACUUCUUCAAAAUUUAGAAAUACUACAGAGAACUCAGUCAGCACCAAAUUUCACAGACAUGCAGGCUAACUGUGUAGAUAUUUCAAAGAAAGACAAGCGGGUCACGAGACGAUGGAGAACAAAAAGUGUCAGCAAAGAUGCAAAAAUUCAACUUCAGGAAGGGCCGGCACCGAAGGGCCAGUUGAGCACAACACGACGCCGGCAGAGACUGGCAGCUGCAGUGGCUACAACAGUCCCGUUCAGUGCUACGAUGUCCCCCGUUCGAUUGCAUUCAUCUAACCCCAACCUCUGUGCAGACAUUGAGUUCCAGGCUCCCCAAAGCCAUGUGGCAGACCCUCUGGAGUGCUCUACUGAGUACAUGAAGCUGCAAGAAGAAUUCUGCUUGAUGGCACAAAAAGUGCAUUCUCUUUUGAAGUCUGCCUUUAACAGCAUAGCUAUAGAGAAGGAGAAGCUGAAGCAGAUUGUUUCAGAGCAGGAUCUUACAGGCCACAAUGCUCAAAUAGCUCACCUCAGACAGUCCCUCUCUCAGGCUCUCAACCAGAAUGCUGAACUAAGGAGUCGCUUGAACAGAAUACAUUCAGAAUCUGUAAUUUGUGAUCAGGUUGUCAGUGUAAAUAUUAUCCCUAGUCCUGAUGAGACAGGUGAACAAAUUCAUGUCAGUUUGCCACUGUCUCAGCAAGUUUCUAAUGAAAGCAGGCUCUCUAUGUCUGAAUCUGUUUCAGAGUUCUUUGAUGCACAGGAAGUGCUUCUGUCUGCCAGCUCGUCAGAAAAUGAGGCUUCUGAUGAUGAAUCUUAUAUCAGUGAUGUGAGUGACAAUAUAUCUGAGGACAACACCAGUGUUGCAGACAACAUUUCUCGGCAAAUUCUUAAUGGCGAGCUAACAGGAGGAGCAUUCAGAAAUGGACGGAGGACUUGUCUCCCAGCUCCCAGCCCUGACACCAGUAACAUCAAUCUCUGGAAUAUUUUGAGAAAUAACAUUGGCAAAGAUCUUUCCAAAGUGUCCAUGCCAGUUGAGCUAAAUGAACCUCUGAAUACCUUGCAACAUCUUUGUGAAGAGCUGGAAUACAGUGAGCUCUUGGACAAGGCUGCUGAAACAGAUGAUCCUUAUGAGCGCAUGGUUCUCAUAGCUGCCUUUGCAGCAUCAGGCUAUGCCUCUACGUACUUUAGGGCAGGAAGCAAGCCAUUUAACCCAGUGCUCGGUGAAACUUAUGAAUGUAUUAGAGAAGACAAAGGAUUUCGAUUUUUCUCAGAGCAGGUUAGCCACCAUCCUCCCAUUUCGGCCUGCCACUGUGAAUCGAAAAACUUUGUGUUUUGGCAAGAUAUCAGAUGGAAAAACAAAUUCUGGGGGAAAUCAAUGGAAAUUCUACCUGUUGGAACCUUGAAUGUGACUCUUCCAAAGUAUGGAGAUUACUAUGUCUGGAACAAAGUCACUACUUGCAUACAUAAUAUUCUCAGUGGAAGGAGAUGGAUAGAGCACUACGGAGAGAUAACUAUAAGAAACACAAAAAGCAGUGUUUGUAUUUGUAAACUCACUUUUGUCAAGGUGAACUACUGGAAUUCAAAUGUAAAUGAGGUCCAGGGUGUUGUGAUAGAUCAAGAAGGGAAGGUGGUUCAUCGUCUUUUUGGGAAGUGGCAUGAAGGCCUCUACUGUGGGGUUGCACCUUCAGCCAAGUGCAUAUGGAGGCCAGGCUCCAUGCCAACCAAUUAUGAGCGUUAUUAUGGCUUCACAAGGUUUGCUAUUGAGCUCAAUGAAUUAGAUCCCUUACUGAAAGAUCUUCUUCCUGCAACAGAUGCACGAUUCAGGCCAGAUCAAAGGCUUCUGGAGGAAGGAAAUAUAGAAGCAGCAGCGUCUGAGAAACAAAGAAUAGAGGAACUCCAGAGAGCCCGGAGGCGGUACAUGGAAGAAAACGGCAUUGAAUAUGUACCCAAAUUUUUUAAAAAAGUUAUUGAUGCUAAUCAAAGAGAAGCCUGGGUUACCAAUGAAACCUACUGGGAACUGCGAAAGGAUCCUGGCUUCAGUAAAGUAGACAUUCCUGUACUCUGGUAAACUGAGAAUGUAGACCUAGUAAACAUAUCACUCUGAAGAAAAAAAAAAUAACUAUGCACAAUAAGUUUCUUAUAGCUAAGCGUGGUUUGUGGGUCUACAGAAAAACCAUAUCAUAUGCAUUUAUAUUCAUCUUUGUAAUGGACUUUUGGAAGUGCGUUAGACCAGGUCCCUGACCACUUCUGGAUCUUUCUAAUUUUGCAGCAGCCAUCAAACCUAAAAAAAAAAAGGAAAAAAAAAAGAAAAAAGGAAGCAGAAACCUUUUAAAGUUUCAUACGCUGAAAAUUCAGAAAUAAAGAAGCAGAUGAAUUAUCCAAAGUCACUCGGAAGAGGUGGUAAGCGCAAAACUGCAACCGGUGCUUUAAACAGACAUUAAGAGUAAUACAAUUUAAAUUAAAAAAAAAAAAAAGAAAGAAAAAGGGAAAAAAUCCAUUUUGUUUCAACUAUUUUUGUUAAAAACUCUUGGGUCACAACACUGUCAUUUCUGGCUUCAGGUUAGUCCUUUGGUGUGAUGUGCUUGGACUGGCCUUUGUCAAAAAGAUGCUUUUCUGGAAGCUGUUCCCAUUCAUAUGCCAUUGUUCAUGCCUUAACAAAAUAUGAAGAUGUACAUUAAGUAAUUUUAAAAUAUCUAUGCUUAGGCUUGUGUGAAGGGCAGAUUUUUAAAGCUCUAGAAUUUUAUCACAAUAUAAAUACUGAAAGACCUGCAUUAUUUGAAAUCAAAAGAUAACCAAACAUCUGACUGUAUUUCAGAGGUAUGAGUUCUACUGUACAUGCUUUAGCUUUGGGAUGCUGACUGUAUAAUCAGACUGAAAAGAAACUGCUAGCUGGUUGAAUUUCAAUUUUGGUAAAUGCAUAUGAGUUGCUAGUCAGAAAGUUCAUAUUCUGAAUGGCUGAUAAUGAGAUGCAGUCGUCACAUUUAGUACUGGCUGGACAUAGACCUCUCAGUGAGUCUCAUUUUCCCAUAGCUUUUUAUACAAUUAGAAACCCCUGAAGCUUUGCAACAGUGCUAAAAGCACAGAGAGAUUUCAUGCAAAGGUUUCUGUCUUCUGUCCAGAAGCUGGAUGGUACUGUAAACGCAACUGUUUUCUGCCACACACACUUUAUUUUCCUGACUCUGUUUUUCCCCAUCCGCUUGUCUUAUCGAAAUUUAUGUUUGGGAGUAUGGCAGAGGGUCCCAUGUGUUACAGCAAAAAACUUCUAGUUGUGUUGCCAAAACAGCUUUUGUGCAAAAUACACUUUACAUUUUUUCAUAAAGUGGUUCUAUAUUUUAUGAUUAAAAACAAAGUCUCUUAUGUGUUGCUAAACCUCAGUUAAUACAAGUGGGAGAAGAUUUGGCAUUUUCUAUUUGAAAAUCUCUGAAACAUUAAACAGUAGGAGGGCAGAUCUUAAUGAAAGAAAAAACAGUAAUUUAUUUGAUAAGAGCUACAUUCCAUAUGGUAUGAUCUAGUCUUCCAUUUAUGCAUGUUUUAUACAUCCCACCACAGAUGAUAGGUUAGAUUUCAUGCACAGGCUCUGCAUUCCUUUGCAUACGUGACAUGCAAUUUUUCUAUUUAAGAUUCCAGCCCUGAGGUCAAAAAUAAAUUUAUUAGAUAGGUAUGUGAUCUGCCAGCAGAACUGCUUGAACAGUUGUCAGGGCAUUACCACACAUCCCCAGCUCUUAGCCUGCUUCUUCUUUUUCCAGAGUCAGGUCCCUAUACAACUGAGAUUGCUUUGGUUAUUUAAUAUUAAUUUAGUUCUCCCUGUUGAUUGUAUAGGAAAGUAACUAGCAGAGCAACUAGCUGCUAAUCAGUUCCAAUUUCUUCACACGGUUCUCUUACAGAAAGAAUUAUGAAAACCCACAGAAAAUAUUAAGUAGACUUUUUAUGAAUUGUGAAUGGUCAUGAAUUUUUAAAUAAAAAUUUGGUAUAAAAAUACCUGUGUAGAUUAAUGGGAUUUCUUCCAAAGAAAAUUUUAAAUUAUUCAAAGAAUAAAUUUUAAGUUAUUCAAAUAAUGUUAUAUUUCUCUUUCCUAGUUGGACCUAGUCUGAUUUAUUCUUAUUUUUAUUCUGCAGUUAUUAUUAUAAGAAAAUGAAGUAUAUCAAAGUUGUUUGUUUAAAUAAUAUUUGGUUAAGGUCAUCCUACUUGCUUUAAUAAUACACUAGGAAUCAAAUUGGCACAUUGUGUGUAAAAUAGCAAUGAAUUAUUCCAUGUAGUUUUCUUUAAAACCAAUCCUAUUAAAAAUUUGCCCAUCUUUUGCUCCAGUCUUUGUGUGCAGUUCACCAUGAUACUAGGAAAUAUUAUUUGUGUAUGACUGCAAGCACAAUUGAGGGACAGAGCUGCAUGUUCUCAAAUCUUUAAUUAAAUGUAGAAAGAAGGUCUUUAGUUUUACAGCAUUCUGGCAGUGCUCUGUGAAUGCCAUUAUUUGCAAUACAAACUGAAACUUGGUGGUCACUAAAAUUCUAUCAUUGAAUAGAUUUUUACAAUUCUUUAUUUGACACUCAUUGAAAGAAAACUAAUGCUAACAUUUUUUAAAUAUAGAAAAUCUGUGGUAUGCUAAAUCUUUCUAUUGAAGGCACUUUCUAAACCAAGUGAAGGUUAAAUUAAUUAAUUAGUAAGUAGAAAAGACACAAAUGAUGCAGCAUAAGAUAUUUGCAGUCUAUACCAGAAAUGAAAAAGUUCAAGCAGAUGUACCAUAGUUUCUUGUAGUGCAGAAUUCUCUGUAUUCUGCAAAAUAUUCUCUGCAAAAUCUUUUAUUGCAUUUUUUCCUCUAACUUUGGCAGCCAUAAUGGCAUAUUUUGUGCUGUUUCUAAAGUGGAUAGGUACUAGGACUUCUAUCCAAAUUACAAUUUUUAGUCAACCUGUGACAUUUCACACCAUUGAGUUAGAUGGGGAGAGUUUUCCCCAUUCCUAGCGCAGAACUGAGUAUCCCAUGCUGCAAAGAGAGUGCACCCCUGGCUGUUUUGCAGCCUGGCACCUUUUGUAAAUGCUUGCUGCUUUUUGGCAGGGUUGCUGCUCAGACAUCACUUGCCAGCACGUGGGAUUUUUCUGCUCCGGGAACAGACCUUUUCACUUCCAUGGAACCUCGGGAAGUGUUUCCUGGCCCAGUCCUCAAGUUGAGCAGUGUUCCUCUGGUUGAAGCUUUGCCAUUUGGCAUGCCAUCUCACCCUCCUAAUUAGAUGUCACCUGUGAAUUAGUUGUCAAGUAGUCCUGUGUCCUGGUGCAGGUCACUGGUGAGGUGUUGGUUGGCACAGUCACAGAGCUGACCCCUGCAGGGCUGCCAGCAGGGCAUGAACCAUUGACCAGUGAGUGCCCUUCAAGCCUGACUUUCAAGCAGUUUUCAGCCCAACUCACUCCAUUUAUCCAGGCAGUAUUUCCCUUUGGAGGGCAUGAAAAAUGCUAUCCAACUCAGUAGGUUUAAUUGCUGUAUGCUUGGUAAGUGUUGAAAAUUAAUGUAAAACAUUUGACAUGUAAAACUUUUUAUGCAAUUUAAGAAGAUCUUUCACAUCAAAGACAUAUGCUUUUCUCCUGUGUUUUCUCAAAACACUUCUGUAUAAAAAUACACAAUACUUAUGCUUUAUUUCACAAUAAUGAGCUGUACUUUCUAUUAAUAUUUUUAAAGUGUAUCUUAAUUUCUUCCUUUUUCUGGUGCUUUGGAUAUGAUAGGGUAAUAGUAGCUAUUUUCAUCAAAUGCACUGUCUUACAAAGAUUUAAAUAGCUUCAUUCUUAUUUUAGAUUAUCAAGAUGGCAGAGUUUUGGCAUAUUAGAAUUUUUUAUCUCAAAGGAAAAUAUGAUUUGAGUUGAUUUUCAUGAAGUAUCACUGUGAUUAAAAAGUCAUCUAGGCACCCACUCUAAUUUUAGACAGACGUAAGCUGCAUGAAAUAAACUGGUUUUUAUUUGGCUUUAAAAGUGCAAUUCCCACUAUAACAGUCUUUUCAUCAUGCAAAUGUUACCCUUCUUUUUUCUCCUUUUGAACUUCUGACUCUGAGCAAGCCCGUACAGCACCUGUGGGUUUUAUGUGAGUAGCACAUGCCAGGCAUGUGUCAAGUACUGCAAUUGGCACAGGGUUGAAAGAUAUUAUCCUUCAUUCCCUGCCAAGCACUGCCAAUGCUUUAUGGAAACAAACUGCACAAACCUUCAGGCAAAGGAGCCAGUGCUGGUCCUGCCCCCAUGGGCACCUGCGAGCUCCUUGGAUCUGGGCCAUGUCCUCUGUUCCCCAUGGAGGGAAGUGGAAUUCUCACCUCUCAGCAGUGGGGCCCAGCUCAAUUGCAGUCUUAUACUGAGCUUCUCCUCAAAAAGUCAGAAUUUUUAGAAAUCCCCUGGAGGGAAGGAGAAGUUCAUUUGCAAUUGCAAAAUAACCAAGAGGACUGGAUAUGUCUCUUCUCUGUUUUGCAAAACUUGCUCUCAUUAGUAAAUGCCUAUUAGUAUAGGGAAGGUUUGUGUGCUCUCCUUGUUUUACAGGAUUUUAGACUUACUCUGGUGCAACAAUAUUAACAAUAAGCUAUAAACAAUAACUAUUUUUCAUGUCUUGGCUGCAGAUGUAAUCUGAGGAAUGGACAUUUUCAGAUGGCCUUAGUAAUAAUAGAGCAGCAUAAUUAAAGCAAAGGAGAGUUUUUCAGAUUAAAUCCAUCUGAAAGUGUGUUUGUAUUCAUAGACUAAAAUGUUAGGAGUGGUUAAGCUAGGGAGUUUUGCCCACCUGGGGGAAUAAGAUUAAUAUUGACAGAAGUGUAUCAGAAACACUGGAAUGGCCUCAGUGGUAACCUUGUGUUUUACACAGACCCAUGAGAAACCUAAGGAAAUUUGCUAUGUCAUAACCACUUACCUUGACAGCUACUGGGGCUAAAAAACACGACCUUGUUUUUUUUUUUUUUUGUUUCUAUCUGUCGUUAAGUAACAGUCAUCAAAACUGUGUAAAUCUUGACUGUGCAUAUAUUGAUAAUUUCAAGGUAUAUUUAGUAUAAAAAGUAGUAUAAUUUUCUACUUCACCAUUCCUGGUUACUUUUAUGGUAAUUCGGAUAGCAAUCAAUAUUUUCAUGAAGAAAGGUUGCUUUUUUUUUUUCAUGGAAGAAUCUAGACUGUGUAAUAAAGGUGUGAUUAUUCCUGGUGAGAGUAUGUCCAUAAGCUCCAUUACAACAGUGACUGGCACCCAGGAGAAUGCUGCAAAUCUGCUUAAGGUCAGAGAAAUUGCACAUUUACAGCAAUUUAUCUUAUUUUUGUAUUACAUAUUGUAAAGAAUCCACUUACAAAAGCAAAUACAUUAUUUAGUCUUAAACUAGGUAUGUAAAACCUUUAUUCAUUUUCUUUAGUAUAAAUUAUAUAUAUUUCUUGCAUUAAACUGAAAAUUAUCUUUAUGAAAGGAUUUUUAUACAGUUUCUUGCAAGUUCAAAAAAUAAUGUUGGUGUAUUAUGUGUUUUAUAUACCAGCCUCCUCCGUUGCCAGAUUUUGUGGCAUUAUAAACUCAUCAUCUCUAAUUUUUAAUUUUUUUUUUAAAUUUCCUUGCAAUCUUUGUCAAAUCUCAGAAAAGAAAGGCAAGGGAGAGAAAACAAUGCAGAAUGGUGAAACUAGUCACAGAAGCUCUGUCAAUGUGAGAUGCAACAAAACAGAAAACUUUCUAACUUGUAGGAAUUAAAAUGUCAGCAGAACUGCUGAAUUUGUUCCAGAAUGGUUAUCUCAAUACCAUUUUUCUUUCCACUGAUCCAUGACAGUGUGAAAAAAGGGAAGAUUGGAGACAUUUGCUCAGAAUUAAUGCUGAAGGUGAAGAGAAAUUUUUACUCCUUUUAUAAGUAAAAAAUUACUGUAGCCAGCAUUUGGCUGAAGGUGUCUUGGUAAUGUGGACAAGAAAGACAGUUACAUAGUCUGAAUAUAUAAUCAGCAGUGUGUAAUAUGUUCUUUCUGACCUGUGAAUAAUUCAUUGAAGUAUGGUAAAGCUACUUAUUGGUACUCAUGGAGCAGUGAUACAGGUAUCUCAUGUGAAACACUAAAAUGUAUUUUCAUAUUGACUGCUAUUUUUAGUGUCUGCAUUAAUGAAAGAGGAUAUCUUAUGCUAGUGUAUAAUGUUGCUGGCCCAGAACAUUAGGCAUGCAGAUGGGAAGAGGUGAGGAAAGUCCUUCAGAAAUUCAGAAGAGGGUAAAUUCUCUGAGAAUCAAAAUGAUGUGCUCUCCAGUGGCAAAUACUCAACCAGAACUGUUCUUCAUUGAGCUACUUGCUUCUCAUGCAGGUUGGUGUAGUCACACAUGCAACCUCUUGUUCUGAAACUACAUCUCGUUUUAGGAUUGUGCUUGUGUCCCAAGGGUUGCUUUGUCAUGUCCACCAAGAAUAAUCAGUGCUUGAGUCAGGACUGCAAACUCAGAUUUGUGUCUAGUAGUCCUGUGCUGAAUGCUCUCCCUUUCUUUGUUAAAGUCACCUAAACAAGGAAUAUUAUAGUAAUAUUAACAUAGUGAAUACAAGGUUAAUCCUCAGUAUUUUCCAGGGGAAGGAAAAUUCAGGUUAGCUUCUUUAACUAUUUAGAAGAAAUACACGUGAGAUCUUCUGUUAUCCUUUACUUUGCUUAAUAUUUUAUAAAAUAUUUUGAGACUGGAUCUCAAUAAAUAUAUUAAAAUUACUUUAUCUCCUACCUUGAAGUCAGCAAUGAAAAUUGUCGUUCCAAUUUAAGGUUGGAAAAUAAGUCUAUUUAAUUUUUGAAAUAAGUACUACUGACAUUUUUUAGUAGUUAAGAUACAGUAUAGCAAAUUCAGAUCGCAAUACAUUUUCUUUUCUGCUGAGUCUCACAGAAGAUCUGUCUGAGCAUUAAAAUAAGUGCUGAUGAGUGCAUUUUGGUAUGCAGGCAAAAAUGCAAAAUGACAACUUCUACCUUAGUAAGCUUUCUCUCUAAUUAGCAAAGACACUGUUCUUGUUCCUUUUAAAUAAUUUCUAGACUACUUACUUUCAAACAUCUUUUCCACAGUAAGAAUUAAUCCCAUGAAGACUUGAGUUUUAAAAAGUAAACCAUGUCUGGAAUUCUGCAGACAUGAAGGGUGGUGUUCAUGUUGUGCUAAAUGUCCACUUCUCAGGGUGGACCAUUAAAAUUUCACCCUCAGGCCAAAAAUAAAUACCAGUGAGCUUUUCCAGUGGGAUUCCUCUUUGUAAAAGGAUUUGUGUCUAUGUUAUUUACUGUAAAAUAAGUGAGAAAUCAAGCUGCCAGCAUCUGAUGUCUGAAAUAUUUUUCUUUCCCUGAAUUGCAUAGCAAACUACCUGUUCUUUAUCUGUUACUGCUAGAUUGUCCGAGGGAUACUUUUAUUUAGCACAUGAAAAGCCAUCAUAAAAUGAAACUGCUGUGGUAUCAAGACAGAUUAAUAUGAUAGUUUUGUAUUAGGAUAUUACGUAUAAUUUAUGUUUUGCAAUUAGUAGCAAGACUCUUCUCUGGGUCUCAAUCUACUUUUCUUUGCAUAAUUAACUGGUGAUGUAUGAUUUCUCAGUAUUUCAACAGCAAAGAAUUAUGUAUUUCUCUCACUUUUGCACAAAGCUAAUAUAAAUUGGGAAUAAUGUCACACAUUUUUGUGUGUGAUUAGAUCCCAUGCGCACAUGUAUGAAAUGUUGUAAAUGUUAGUAUUUUUACCUUGCUCAGAUUCUGAGAAUGCCAUUAGAAGAGUAAGGUUUAGGUUAGUUGUCAUUUUUAUACUGCCUUACUGAGCUUCUUUGCUUUUAAGAACCUUUCAGGUGGUAGACUGCCCUGUGCCAAUUCCUUAGCAGGCCAAAAUGUCAGAACCUAAACAGCUAAAGGAGCAUUCUUUGCUGAUUGCUGGUAUCCAUGCGCUCAUUGUGAAAAAACCCAAACCAUAUCUGUCCAUUCCUUGUACACCUCUUUGGGUAGCUUACUUGUAAAACGAGAUCCUCAGAGUCUUUCUGCUGUGGUUAUGCUAUUAUGUCAGGUACAAAGGCAAGCAGAAACUUGCUCUGUGGUUUAAAGGAAGAAUUUAAACGCAAAAAGUUGCUUUUUAGAAGUAUAACAUAUAGAGCCAGUACUACUUUUGAGUGGAUAGUGUCUGUUUUAAAGGAAAAUAACAGACUGUAAUGAGAAAGGGUCUGAGUGCUUAGAUGCACCAGAUAAAUUUUUUUCCAUUGUUUGAAAGCAAUAGAAAAGUUUACUUAAGGGAUAGAAAGACAGUGUGAAGCAUUUAUGUACCUAGCUACCCAAAUGUUGCAGAAUGCAUUGUUUUUUGAUUACUUCAGUGUUAAACCUGACAUGCAGUGCUCCUAAUUUCACACUCAAAAGUUUGCUGUGGACUUCCAUAGUGAGAUGACAAAGAAUAGGAUGAUGGGAAAAAAAAUCAAUACCAUAAUUUCUAAAUAACUCCGAGUAAUAGAACAUUAAUUUGCAGAUAUUUGUAGUGAAAAUUAUAUAAGCUAUUUAUAGGAUUGCAGUUUUUAAAAGCAUAAGUUUGGUCCUUUGUAAUACAUUCAGUAAUUUAACAUUUUAAAAAAUAUUGUUAAUUGUUCUUGAUUGAGUUCCUGCAAAUGGAUUCAUCUGUUCUUGACUAUUCACAAGUCUUAUUAAUUCUGAUUCCAAAUAUGUGCUUAUUAUGCCUGUAAAAGCAAUUUUAUUGCUUAUGAUUGUAAACAUCAGCAGCUGAGGAGCAAUACAGAAAGGAUGUAAUUUGUGUGUUCCAAAUCUAUAAACUUUUAUUUCACUGCAGGAGUUGAUCAGCAGCGCACAUCAGAUUUUUUUCCUGCUCCAUCUGCUUGGACUCUGACGUUGCACAGGCAUUGAUGUGUACUUAGCAUAAACAUUGCAAGCAGUGCUCUUUUAAAUCAGUUUAAAAGAUGUAGAUGCCUAAGUUCAAAUAAAAACGCUUUACAGUGACAUUCCUAAGAAAACAAUGUACUGGCUUACCUGGUUACCCCAGGUUUUGUAGCACUUGAUUUCUAAUUCCUAAUGCUUGAGCAAAUGAGCACUAUACAGAGGCUGAGCUGCUGUUGGUACUGCACUCCCUGUUGAACCCAGAGACCUUCCAGGUGAGUGGAUGAUCUAGCUGCCCAAAUCUAUUUCAGCUCUAGGCUAAUGUGCAGUCAAGCCUAGGUAUUCAACUAGUUGACCUUAAGCCUAAUUUUGAACAUGUGCACUAUGUUGUGGAAGAUAAAAUGUGUGAAAUGCAGCUGGUUUGACUGCUUACCACUCCGAGCAAUAUAUCUGACUUUGACUCUUUUGCAUUUUGGAACCUUAUUCUGGAGCUUGUAGUUUUUAAAAACAAGUUAACUUCAUGUCUCUGCUAAGCUCAAUUAAGUAUGACAUUUGGAAUAAAGAACAGUGCAUUAAAACAAUUACAAUUCAUCAUAUUAUGUCCCAUUCUGGCAAGCUUAAUUGUAAGAAUAUUUGCAAUCCCUGCUCCUGUUUCCCAAUACUUUCCCCAGGAUGGUGCCAGCCCAGAGCUGAGGAUUGCUAACACUGUAUGCCAGUCAAAAAAGGGAGUCUAAUCUUUCUGAUUUAUGGAGCAGGGGGUAGCAGGCUAAGAGCACGCUCUGCAUCUUAGCCUGGAGAAGGAUGAAUGUAAGAAAGUGCCUCCCUCUGUCCAGGCUUUAGCACAUACAUAAAAUUGCUUUCUUUCGGUAUUGUAAGUUUUCUGGCUACUUCUGAGAGUAAACCUAGCCAGAAAAGAGCAGUAAUAAAACAGUUUUAGGUUUCCAUAUAAUGCAGCUGCAACACUUAUUGUGUGUCUUUGCACUUGUAAGUUGGUUUUGAAGGUACUGUUGUAGUAAUCCAGAGAGCAGAUGAGGCCUCACACUGACUACCUCUCAUGCAAUAAAACCCAAACUCAUUCAGUAGUUAACGUUGAUUACAGUUGAGCAUCCUUUGGCCACAUGAUUCAGGGAGGUGGUAGUGGGGGGAAUAGUAAACAACAAAUGAUAAUAAAGGCUCUAUUCCAGUGAUGUAUUUGAUAUACAUGAUACCCAUAAUACCAACUCCAACUGAAGGUGGUCCUACAGCUUCUGGUAGGAAAUAAAAAGUGAAUUUGGCUAUGCUAUAGUUUUUGUUGUGCUCUAAAAUGUUACAAAAGAUGUCAUCUGUUUCCUUCAGGCAAAGUCAGAUUUUCCAGGAUAUUGUGUCCAAAACGUACACGCAAUUCUAAUUUUUGAGGAAACACGAUGCUCUUUUACCUGUUGCAAUGUAAUUGGAUACUGCAUGUACAAAUGACUUGUGUAGCCUGCCAAUGAAUGUUGCUAAUGCCUUACCAAAAAAAAAAAAAAAAGAUAAAGCAUAUUUUUUGUAUUUUUUUUUCCUCAGAGGCAAAUCCAAACAAUGCUAGAUUUGGGAAACUGUUUACUGAAAAGCAUUUUCUAAUAGAUCUCUGAAGAAGUGCAAUUGUAUAAUUACUAUUGUUCAGUGCAUACAGUACAUUGUCUCCAUCACUCUGUACACUGCUGCUAUUAGUGCUUGUUCUAAUAAAUCUCAAUGUACACUGUUUAAA